CAAUACGUACAUCGUCUCAUAGGAACUAUCCGCUAGCAAAAUGAUCUUCAAUAUGUUAUGUACUGUUUAGUAAUGAGUUUGGGGUGGUUUUAUCUUGCUGGUGUGAAAGCCCUUGUAUUUGUUUUGCAGAGACAGAUCAUAAAUUAUUACAUAGCACUGAACUCCGAUGCAGCUUAGAAGGGCCGAGAGAGGAAAAUAUGUUUUCUGAGGAUUUCUAUUUGCUUGCCCAAGCCAGGUUUGAUACCAAAUGGCUGAAGACCGACUUACAGCUUGCUUUCACACGGGAAGGAAUUUGUGGGCUAUGGAAUGAAAUGGUCAAAGAUGGAGAAAUAGUUUUCACAGGAGCAGAACUAACACAGGGGGAUGAACUUGUAAAGAAAGAAACGUUUCAGUCUGCAGAAACCUGUGGCAGUGAAAGAAGGGGUCAGAGGUCGCAGCAGCAGUCGGAAACUGGCGAGGAAUUAUCAAGAAGAAACAGAACAGAGAAAAUACAAGGCCAGCAAGAGGAGAGUGCUGAAUGUCAGAGUGGAUCUAAAAAAGAUGAACAGAAUGAUAAGGAUAAAAAGGAUGAAGAAGAAACGCCAGCAAGAGCUCAGAGGGCCAAGUCAAUUACAGAAGCUUGGGUGUGGGGCCGACAGCCAGAUGUUCAUGAACUGAAGGAGUGUCUGCAAGUACUGGUGAAAGAGCAGCAGUCCUUAGCAAAACAGACUGCCACUACAACGUUGUCUGCUCGAAGACUGAAGCAAAGGCUAGUUGUUCUAGAGCGAUAUUUUAUUGCGCUGAAUAGAAGUGUACAGCUGGAAAAUGUCAUGGCCCGGUGGAAGAAUUCAAAUGUUCCUAUACUUACAACAGAGAAGAAGAGUUCUCGACCUAUGGGCAAGGGCGUUGAAGGACUUGCUAGGGUUGGAUCCAGAGCUGCACUUUCUUUUGCAUUUGCAUUCCUACGCAGAGCGUGGAGGUCAGGUGAAGAUGCUGACCUUUGUAAUGAAUUACUUCAGGAAUCUCUUGAUGCACUUAGAGCACUUCCCGAGGCUUCCUUGUUUGAUGAAGGCACAGUCUCAUCAGUGUGGCUUGAAGUUGUAGAGAGAGCUACAAAAUUCCUAAGGUCUGUUGUAACAGGUGAUGUUCAUGGGGCUCCAAGCUCUAAAGGGCCAGGAAACAUUCCAUUGCAGGACCAGCAUUUGUCACUUGCACUGCUAUUAGAACUAGCAGUGCAAAGAGGGACAUUAAGCCAAAUGUUGUCUGCUGUUCUGUUGCUGCUUCAGCUUUGGGACAAUGGCACCAGAGAAACGGAUAAUGAACGAUCAGCUCAGGGGACCAGCGCACCUCUUCUACCUCUUCUGCAGAGGUUUCAGAAUAUACACUGCAGUAAAGAUCCAAAUGGCACAGAAGAAGACAGUCAGGUUCUUCAGUUUCCUCUCAGUCCAAAUGAAGGUUUUCUACGAUAUUUAACAUUACCAGAAGACAAUGAUUUAGCAAUUGAUCUGCGGCAGACAGCAGUGGUGGUCAUGGCCCAUUUGGAUCGUCUAGCCACACCCUGUAUGCCACCACAGUGUAGUUCUCCUACAUCUCGCAAGGGCUCUCUGCAAGAAGUCAAAGGCUGGGGUUUGCUUGGGUGGAAAGAACAUGCCAAUGUUUUCGGUCUAGUUGAGUGUGAUGCGCUUGCCAAUUUAGGAGUCAUCCAAAUUGUAUGUGCAGAGAAGUGCUUCCUCAUCUUAUCCAGAAGUAGGAGGGUUUAUUUGCAGGCAUACAACAGUGAUACAUUGGGACCACAGUUGGUACAGGGUCUUGCUUCGAAAAACAUUGUGAAAAUUGCUGCGCAUCCAGAUGGGCAACAUUAUCUUGCCUUGUCAGGAACUGGGGAAGUGUUUUCCUGGGGCUGUGGAGAAGGUGGAAGACUAGGACAUGGAGACACAGUAUCACUUGAAGAACCAAAGGUGAUUGCUGCUUUUGCAGGAAAGCAGCCUGGGAAGCAGAUAGUCCACAUUGCAUGUGGUAGUACAUACAGUGCUGCUGUUAGUGCCGAUGGUGAACUAUACACUUGGGGACGAGGAAACUAUGGAAGGCUUGGACAUGGUUCUAGUGAAGAUCAAACUGUACCAAUGCUUGUAUCUGGAUUAAUGGGUUUGAAAGUCAUAGAUGUUUCAUGUGGCAGUGGAGAUGCUCAGACACUAGCAGUUACUGAUAAUGGUCAGGUAUGGUCCUGGGGAGAUGGUGAUUAUGGAAAAUUAGGAAGAGGUGGCAGUGAUGGCUGUAAAACUCCAAAGCUGAUUGAGAAACUUCAGGAUCUGGAUAUUGUCAAAGUGCGUUGUGGAAGCCAGUUUUCAGUAGCUGUAACCAAAGAUGGCCAAGUUUAUACCUGGGGCAAAGGAGAUAACCAAAGACUGGGCCAUGGAACAGAGGAACAUGUUAGAUAUCCCAAACCCUUGGAAGGUCUGCAAGGUAAAAAGGUAACAGAUGUUGCUGUUGGGUCAACUCACUGUCUGGUGCUGACGGAGGAUGGUGAAGUAUAUAGUUGGGGGAACAAUGAUCAAGGCCAGCAGUUCGAUACACUACGGAUAGCCAGAGCAGAACCCAAGGCAUUACCAGGGCUGGAUACGAAGCACAUUAUAGGAAUUGCCUGUGGACCAGCUCAGAGUUUUGCUUGGUCUUAUUCAUCUGAAUGGUCCAUUGGACUGCGUGUGCCUUUUGUGGUAGAUAUUUGUCCAAUGACUUUUGAGCAGUUAGAUCUUCUUCUGCGCCAGGUGAGCGAAGGAAUGGAUGGCAGUUCAGACUGGCCACCUCCUCAAGAGAAAGAGUGCAUGGCUGUAGCGACAUUAAAUCUUCUCAGACUGCAGCUUCAUGCAGCAAUCAGUCAUCAGGUUGAUCCUGAGAGCCUAGGCUUGGGUCUUGGCAGCCCUUUGUUGAACAGCUUGAAGCAGACUGUCGUAACAUUGGCUAGCAAUGCUGGAGUUCUAAACACUGUGCAAACUGCAGCCCAGACAGUUCUUCAGAGUGGCUGGUCUGUAUUACUUCCAACAGCUGAAGAAAGGGCCAGAGCAUUGUCUGCACUAUUGCCCAGUGCAGUUUCAGGGAUUGAAAUGAGUGUUAGUCCUGGACGUCGUUUUAUGAUCGACCUGCUGGUUAGCAGUCUAAUGGCAGAUGGUGGCUUAGAAUCUGCACUGAAUGCUGCAAUCAUUGCUGAAGUUCAGGAUAUUGAAGCAAAAAAGGAAGCACAGAAAGAAAAAGAAAUUGAUGAACAAGAAGCCAAUGCUUCUUCCCUACACCGGAGUAGAACUCCACUUGAUAAGGAUCUCAUUAACACUGGAAUCUACGAGUCUGCUGGGAAACAGUGCUUGCCUCUAGUUCAGCUAGUUCAGCAGUUGUUGAGGAACAUUGCUUCUCAAACUAUUUCUAAACUGAAGGAGGCCGCACGUCGCAAUUCUUCUUGUUUUGAUUAUGAACGGUUCAGCAAAGAGAGAUCAGCUUCUUUGGAUCUGCUGCUGCGCUUUCAGCGCUUGCUUAUAAGCAAACUGUACCCAUUUAAUGGUGAUAAUCAAGUCUCCAGUGGAUAUGGUCCUGAACUUUUGGGAGUUGGUUCUUUGCUGAAGAAGUACAUUGCCCUUCUCUGCACGCACAUUGGCGACAUUUUACCUGUGGCAUCUAGCAUUGCCUCUACUUCUCACAGAUAUUUUGCAGAGGUUGCACGGAUUGUUGAUGGAGACCUGACAGGGGUUUUGCUGCCAGAGCUUGUGGUCUCAAUUAUCCUGCUGCAUACAAUAAAUGCUGGGUUGAUGCAAGAAACGGGUGCAAUUCCAUUACUCGCUAGUCUUUUGGAGCAUUUAGACAGGUUCAACCAUCUGGCCCCUGGGAAGGAGAAAGAUGACUCUGAAGAUUUAGCAUGGCCAGGAAUUAUGGGCUCUUUUUUCAGUGGUCAAAAUUCUAGGAGCAAUGAAGAAGUUACAUUAAUAGGCAAAGCUGACUUGGAGAACCACAAUAAAGAUGGCGGGUUUUGGACAGUUAUCGAUGGAACAGUGUAUGACAUAAAGGAUUUCCAGGCUCAGUUUCUGGCUGGAAACAGUAUACUUGCUCAGUUUGCUGGAGAGGAUCCUGUUGUUGCCUUGGAAGCUGCUUUGCACUUUGAAGACACCAGAGAAUCAAUGCAGGCUUUCUGUGUUGGCCAGUAUGUGGAGCCUGAUCAGGAAAUAGUAACAACACCAGAUCUGGGAAGUCUUUCUUCUCCACUGAUAGACAUUGAGAGAAAUCUUGGUUUGCUUCUGGGUCUGCACGCAUCUUACCUUGCUAUUAGCACUCCAUUGUCUCCUGUGGAGAUUGAAUGUGCAAAAUGGCUUCAGUCAUCCAUUUUCUCAGGAGGAUUGCAGACAAGCCAGAUACAUUACAGCUACAAUGAGGAGAAAGAUGAAGAUCAUAGCAAUUCUUCUGACACAACAUCCCCAGGGAAAUCCAAAUUGUAUUCAGGCCGUUUAAGCCUUAGUGACCACUCUCAGCCAUUCCUACAAGCCAUUGCUGAUAACAAUAUUCAGGAUCAUACAGUGAAGGAUUUUCUAUGUCAGAUAGAAAGGUAUUGUAAGCAGUGCCAUCUGACGACACCAAUUACAUUUCCACCCGAGCAUCCAGUAGAAGAAGUUGGUCGAUUACUUCUUUGUUGCCUUCUGAAGCACCAGGAUCUAGGUCAUGCAGCCUUAUCUAUUAUUAAUCCUGCUGCUCUGGGAGUUGAACAAGGGAAGCACAAAACUUUGCCAAAAUCAGUCUUGGAUGUUUGUCGAGUAGUCUAUCAAGCAAAGUGCUCUUUGAUUAAGUGCCCAAAAAAUCUGAGUCUGCUGAUAUGGAAGAGUGCAAGAUUGAAAAUGAAGAGAGUGACUUAGAAGGACAUUGUGUUGUCCCUCUCUGUCCACGGCCUGUAGAUAAAAAAUCAUUGCAAGCAAAAUUACCAAAGGACAAAUGGCAGCCCCUUAUAAGUACUGUAACUGGCGUACACCGAUACAAAUGGCUAAAGCAUAAUGUCCAGGGCCCAUAUCCUCAGUCUUCUCUUAUGAGCACAAUUGUUGAAUUUGCCUUGAAAGAAGAACCAAUAGAUGUUGAAAAAAUGAGAAAAUGCCUACUGAAACAGUUGGAGAGAGCAGAAGUUCGCUUAGAGGGAAUCGAUACCAUGCUGAAACUAGCUUCUAAAAUCUUCUUACUUCCAUCUGUUCAGUACUCCAUGUUUUGUGGAUGGCAAAGACUUAUCCCAGAAGGAAGUAAUAUAGGAGAUCCUCUGUCAGAUUGUUUGAAGGAUGUUGAUUUGAUUCCACCAUUUAACCGAAUGUUACUGGAAGUGACUUUUGGAAAGCUUUAUGCAUGGGCUCUGCAGAACAUUCGAAAUAUUUUGCUGGAUGCCAACACCAAGUUUAAAGAGCUUGGUGUCCAGCCUGUCCCUCUUCAGACUCUCACCAGUGACAGUCCUGCAGGACCAAGCCUUGGAACCAUUCCUCAAGCUCGCUUUCUGCUGGUCAUGUUGAAUAUGCUAACCUUGCAGCACGGAGCAAAUAACCUGAGCCUUUUGUUUAAUUCUGGCUUUCUGGCGCUGACACAGACCAUACAUCGAUUGAUAGGUCCAAGCUCUGACAGUAGUGAAGAAGAUGCAAACACUUUGACUCUUUGUACAUCUGCAACUGUCUUGGAGGAGUCAAGGAAGGAAACAACACCAGUACCUCUUCCUGUUUCUGGACCUGAACUGGCAGCUAUGAUGAAAAUAGGUACUAGGGUUAUGAGAGGAGUGGACUGGAAGUGGGGAGAUCAGGAUGGUCCUCCUCCAGGCUUGGGUCGUGUUAUUGGAGAACUUGGGGAAGAUGGCUGGAUCAGGGUUCAGUGGGACACUGGCAGCACCAACUCUUACAGGAUGGGAAAAGAAGGCAAAUAUGACCUGAAGUUGGCUGAGCCACCCCCGACUGCCCAGUCAGCAACUGAAGACUCUGACACAGAAGAUGAUGCAGAAGGUGAGCCCAUAGAAAAAAAUCCACAUCCUACAGCUGUGAUGCUGACAUGCUCGCUGAAUGUUCUUCAGGCUGUUUCUCUCUCUGCUGCAACACAUGCUGAAAUAAUGCAGACUGAUGCUAUCAAGACCAUUUGUGGGCUGUUCCGCAUGUUGGUGGAGAGCGGAUCAGUGGAAAAGACAAUGGCAGUGCUGCCAUCCAACAGACAGGUGCACAGAGAACAGCACCGAACCUGGUGUACACUUGGGUUCAUUCGUAGCAUAGCAGUCAUGCCUCAAAUGUGCAGCAGCUUGAGCUCUUGCCAGUGGAUCAGUUUGCUAAUGAAGAUUGUUGAAGGACAUCAGUGUUUUACUGCUGCAUCGCUGCAAAGACAGAUCUUGGCCCUGCGCUUGCUGCAGUCAGUGCUUCCUUCCUGGGAUAAAUGUGAAAGAUCAAAGGAUAUGAAAUUCUUGGUAGAAAAGUUGUUUGGAUUUCUUGGUAGCCUCUUGAGUACCUGUUCAUCUGAUUUACCUUUGCUUAGAGAAGGACCUCAGAGGCGACGAAAAGGGAGACCGCAAGCUUCUCUGACUGCAACUCACAGCAGUACAUUAGCAGAAGAGAUUGUGGCUUUGUUGAGGACCUUGCAUUCAUUGAGCCAGUGGAAUGGGCUAAUAAAUGAAUACGUAAAUGACCAACUCAACUCUGUCACCUUUAUGCUUGCAGGAAGGCAAACUGAAUCAGCUGCAUUGGAAGACUAUCUUCCUGAUUCAGAGAAUCCUGAGGUCGGCAGCCUGAUGGCUGUGUUGGCUGUUAUUGGAGGAAUAGACAGCCGACUACGUUUGGGUGGUCAGGUGACGCAUGAAGAGUUCGGAGAGGGCACAGUUACACGCAUCACUCCAAAGGGGAAGAUCACUGUACAGUUUCAUGACAUGAGAACAAGCAGAGUUUGUCCUCUGAAUCAGUUAAAACCACUUCCAGUUGUUUCAUUCAGCAUUAAUAAUUUACCUUUUACUGACCCAAUGCUGUCUGUUUGGGCUCAGCUGGUAAAUCUUGCAGGAAGUAAAACUGAAAAACACAGAAUGAAGAAAUCUUCCAGCCAAGGACUCGCAGACCAUGUGGAUUUGCAUUUAUUGAGGUGCCAACAACUGAGACUUUAUAUACUGAAAGCUACGAGAGCUUUGCUGUCACAUCAGGAUAAACUCCGUCAAAUUCUUUCACAACCUGCUAUACUGGAAGCAGGAUCCCUGCCAUCAGAUGAAGGAGCAGUUGCAUCUCUAGACAUUGGAGAUAUGUCCCCUGAAGGACCACAACCUCCCAUGAUUCUCUUACAACAGUUACUUACAGCAGCUACUCAGCCAUCUCCAUUAAAAGCAAUAUUUGACAGACAAGAGCUAGAGGCCGCAGCACUAGCAGUGUGCCAGUAUCUAGCUGUGGAGUCCACUCAUCCUUCAAGUCCCACAUUUGAUGACAGCAGCUCAAGUGAAGCUGCAACACCUGUCACAGUUCAGUACAUUCGUCCCAAGUCUAAAAAGCAGAAGCCUUCUCCAAUUCCACCUCUACCUGUUGUAGCCCAGUUAAUGGAAAUGGGAUUUCCAAGAAAGAGCAUUGAGUUUGCACUCAAAUCAUUGUCUGGAACAACUGGAAGUGCUUCAAGUUUGCCAGGAGUAGAAGCACUGGUUGGUUGGCUACUGGAUCACCCAGAUGUUCAGAUCUCAGACCUUUCAGAUGCCGAAAGUGUGUCAGAUGAAUAUUCUGAUGAUGAAAUUGUAGAAGAUAUUGAGGAAGCUGAAUCUGCAUUUUCUGUGCCUUGUGCUGCUGUGGUGACUGAAAGCCAGACCUACAAGAAACGUGCUGAUUUCUUGAGCAAUGAUGACUAUGCAAUCUAUGUACGAGAUAACAUUCAGGUUGGCAUGAUGGUCAAAUGUUGCCGAACUUAUGAAGAGGUUUGUGAAGGAGAUGUAGGAAAAGUGAUCAAACUGGACCGUGAUGGACUUCAUGACCUAAAUGUGCAGUGUGACUGGCAACACAAAGGAGGAACCUACUGGGUUAGAUAUAUCCAUGUUGAACUUGUUGGUUUUCCACCACAGAGUUCCCCAUCUCAUAUCAAGAUUGGUGACAAAGUGCGUGUGAAGGCUUCAGUUACUACCCCAAAGUAUAAAUGGGGAUCUGUUACCCUCAGAAGUGUGGGAGUUGUAAAAGCAUUUAGUGCCAAUGGAAAAGAUGUCAUUGUAGAUUUCCCCCAACAGUCUCACUGGACUGGUUUGUUGUCAGAAAUGGAACUGGUUCCAAGUAUUCACCCCAGUGUGACGUGUGAUGGCUGCCAGAGAUUUCCAAUCAGUGGCCCCCGGUUCAAGUGUCGAAACUGCGAUGAUUUUGAUUUUUGUGAAAGCUGCUUUAAAACAAGAAAGCACAAUGCAAGACACAUGUUUGGCAGGAUAAAUGAGCCUGGACAAUCCCCAGUAUUUUGUGGGCGUUCAGGGAAACAGCUGAAGCGUCGUCAUAGUGGGCAGCGUGGAAUGCUGUUGGAUGACUGGUCUAGAGUGGUGAAGAAUCUAAACGUGUCUUCCUCUGUAAACCAAGCAUCGCGUCUGAUUGAUGGCAGUGAGCAGUGUUGGCAGUCUUCUGGAUCUCAGGGAAAGCACUGGAUUCGACUGGAAAUAUUCCCUGAUGUCCUUCUUCAUAGACUGAAAAUGAUUGUUGACCCAGCAGAUAGCAGCUAUAUGCCAUCAUUAAUUGUGGUUUCAGGUGGAAGCUCCCUUAACAACCUCAUUGAGUUGAAGACCAUCAAUGUUAAUCCCACGGAUACUAUUGUACCGCUUCUCAGUGAUUGUACAGAAUUUCAUAGAUAUAUUGAAAUUGCUAUAAAGCAAUGCAGAAGCUCAGGUAUUGAUUGCAAAAUUCAUGGAAUCAAUAUAAUUGGGCGGAUCCGAGCAGAGGAUGAUGACUUUGCAAUCAUUCCUUUCCUGGCAUCAGAUAAUGAAGAGGAGGAAGAUGACAAAGCUAGUGCUGGAAGUCUUAUCAGGAAGAAAACAUCCGGUUUAGAAUCUGCAGCUACAAUAAGAACUAAAGUGUUUGUUUGGGGCUUGAAUGACAAAGACCAGCUGGGAGGACUUAAAGGUUCUAAGAUAAAAGUUCCAUCUUUCUCAGAAACUCUGUCAUCUCUUAAUGUGGUACAAGUAGCUGGUGGAUCUAAAAGCCUUUUCGCAGUAACUGCUGAAGGAAAGGUGUAUGCUUGUGGAGAAGCCACAAAUGGAAGACUAGGUCUAGGACUUUCAAGUGGAACUAUACCCAUUCCUCGACAAAUCACAGCUCUCAGCAACUAUGUUGUGAAGAAAGUGGCUGUGCAUUCAGGUGGAAGACAUGCAAUGGCACUAACUGUUGAUGGAAAGGUGUUUUCCUGGGGAGAAGGAGAUGAUGGAAAACUGGGACAUUUCAGCAGAAUGAACUGUGAUAAACCAAGGCUGAUUGAGGCACUGAAAACCAAACGUAUACGUGAUAUAGCAUGUGGCAGUUCACACAGCGCUGCCAUUACCUCCAGUGGUGAACUGUAUACCUGGGGCCUCGGGGAAUAUGGUAGACUGGGGCACGGUGAUAACACGACUCUUUUGAAACCCAAGUUGGUUAAAAUUCUACUUGGGCACAGAGUUGUACAAGUUGCUUGUGGAAGCAGAGAUGCACAGACACUGGCUCUGACUGAUGAAGGCUUGGUAUUUUCUUGGGGAGAUGGAGACUUUGGAAAGCUUGGCAGAGGAGGAAGCGAGGGCUGCAACAUUCCACAAAACAUCGAAAGGCUGAAUGGUCAAGGAGUUUGUCAGAUUGAGUGUGGCGCGCAGUUCUCCCUGGCACUCACCAAGUCUGGAGUAGUGUGGACCUGGGGCAAGGGUGAUUACUUCAGGCUGGGUCAUGGCACUGAUGUGCAUGUUCGAAAGCCCCAGGUUGUUGAAGGUCUCCGCGGAAAGAAGAUUGUCCAUGUGGCCGUAGGUGCAUUGCACUGUCUUGCAGUUACAGAGACAGGCCAGGUUUUUGCUUGGGGAGAUAAUGACCAUGGACAGCAAGGAAAUGGAAGCACCACAGUGAACAGGAAGCCCACUUUAGUGCAAGGACUGGAAGGACAGAAGAUCACUCGUGUUGCAUGUGGAUCUUCACACAGUGUUGCCUGGACUACAGUUGACAUAGCAACACCAUCAGUGCAUGAACCUGUUCUUUUUCAGACUGCAAGGGAUUCUCUGGGAGCCUCAUAUUUAGGUGUUCCAUCUGACAUUGACUCUUCUACAGCCAGUAAUAAAAGCAGUGGUCCAAACAGCUCUAAGCCUAAUCGCCCAUCUCUUGCUAAGAUUCUUUUGUCACUGGAGGGUAACCACUCAAAGCAACAGGCUCUUUCUCAUGUAUUGACAGCGCUGCAGAUAAUGUAUGCAAGGGAUGCAGUUGUUGGAGCAUUGAUGCCUUCUAGUAUGAUUGCUCCAGUAGAGUGCCCUACAUCAUCUCCUGUUCCACUUGAUGCAUCUCCCAUGUCGAGUCCCAUCAAUGGUGAUGAGCCUGUACUAGCCAUGAAUAUGGAAGAAAGGCUGAGUCCCAAUCCCUGGCAAGACAGAAGAGGCGAGGCUGUUUCUUCAGAAGACGCCAUAACACCAUCUUCUGCAGUGACACCAUCUGCCUGUUCUGCAUCUUCUCGACCUUUCAUUCCUGUAACUGAUGACCCUGGAGCUGCUAGCAUUAUAGCUGAAACAAUGACCAAAACCAAAGAGGAUGUGGAAAGCCAGAGCAAGUCAUCAGGCCCAGAGCCUCAGUAUCUUGAUGAGUUCACAAGUUUAUUAGUGCCAGAUGAUACCAGAGUGAUGGUAGAUGUACUGAAGCUGGCUGUGUCAAACCGUGCUGGAGAAAAAGGAAAGGAUGUCCUCUCAGCUGUGCUGUCUGGCAUGGGCACUGCCUACCCACAGGUUGCUGAUAUGUUGCUUGAGCUGUGUGUUACAGAACUGGAGGAUGUAGCUACGGAUUCACAAAGUGGACGUCUCUCUUCACAGCCAGUGGUAGUAGAAAGUAGCCACCCCUACACAGAUGACACUUCCACCAGUGGAACUGUGAAAAUACCAGGUGCAGAAGGACUCAGGGUAGAGUUUGAUCGGCAGUGUUCCACCGAGCGACGCCAUGACCCACUGACUGUAAUGGAUGGAGCAAAUAGGAUAGUUUCUGUUCGAUCAGGGCGUGAAUGGUCUGAUUGGUCAAGUGAACUGCGUAUUCCUGGAGAUGAAUUAAAGUGGAAAUUUACAAGUGAUGGCUCUGUAAAUGGAUGGGGCUGGCGUUUUACAGUCUAUCCUAUUAUGCCCGCUGCAGGCCCAAAAGAUCUCCUUUCAGACCGUUGUAUACUGUCAUGCCCAUCCAUGGAUUUGGUUACAUGUCUGUUGGAUUUCCGUUUGAAUUUUGCUUCUAACAGAGGCAUUGUGCCUCGUCUGGCAGCCUCUCUUGCAGCUUGUGCUCAGCUGAGUGCUCUUGCGGCUGGCCAUAGAAUGUGGGCUCUUCAGAGACUUCGCAAGCUUCUGACUACUGAGUUUGGACAGUCAAUCAACAUCAAUAGGCUUCUAGGAGAUGGAGAUGGAGAAGCACGCUCCAUGAGUUUUACUGGCAGUGCUUUAGCUGCAUUGGUCAAAGGACUUCCAGAAGCUUUGCAGAGGCAGUUUGACUAUGAAGAUCCUAUAGCGAGAGGAGGAAAACAGCUUCUUCAUAGCCCUUUCUUUAAGGUGCUAGUAGCGCUGGCAUGUGAUUUGGAAUUGGAUACACUGCCGUGCUGUGCAGAGACACAUAAGUGGGCUUGGUUUAGAAGAUACUGCAUGGCUUCAAGAGUUGCCUUGGCUCUUGAUAAGAGAACAUCACUUCCUCGCUUAUUCCUAGAUGAGGUAGCCAAAAAAAUACGUGAACUUAUGGCAGACGUAGAGAGCAUGAAUUAUCUUCACGAAAAUCAUGAUGUAUUCCGGAGGGAGCAGGAUGAGCAACUUGUUCAAUGGAUGAAUCGGAGACCAGAUGACUGGACUUUGUCUGCUGGAGGAAGUGGAACAAUUUAUGGUUGGGGUCAUAACCACAGAGGUCAGUUAGGUGGAAUUGAAGGAGCAAAAGUCAAAGUGCCUACUCCAUGUGAGGCAUUAGCAGCACUGAGACCAGUUCAAUUGAUUGGUGGAGAACAAACCCUUUUUGCAAUUACAGCUGAUGGAAAGCUGUAUGCAACUGGAUAUGGUGCUGGAGGGCGGCUAGGAAUUGGAGGAACAGAGUCUGUUGCUACACCGACAUUACUGGAGUCUAUUCAGCAUGUAUUUAUCAAAAAAGUCGCAGUGAAUUCUGGAGGAAAGCAUUGUCUAGCUCUGUCCUCCGAAGGAGAAGUCUACUCAUGGGGAGAGGCAGAAGAUGGGAAGCUAGGACAUGGAAACCGGAGUCCUUGUGAUCGCCCUCGUGUUAUUGAGUCUCUGCGUGGCAUUGAAGUAGUGGACAUUGCUGCUGGUGGAGCGCACAGUGCUUGUAUAACUGCAGCAGGAGAAUUGUAUACUUGGGGCAAGGGCAGAUAUGGACGCCUGGGUCAUGGAGACAGUGAAGAUCAGCUCAAACCAAAACUGGUGGAGGCAUUGCAAGGUUACCAUGUGAUCGAUGUUGCCUGUGGCAGUGGUGAUGCUCAGACCCUUUGUCUAAGUGAUGAUGAUACUGUAUGGUCCUGGGGUGAUGGAGAUUAUGGAAAGCUCGGUAGAGGAGGUAGUGAUGGCUGCAAGGUUCCAAUGAAGAUUGAUUCACUUGCAGGCCUUGGUGUGAUGAAGGUGGAAUGUGGGUCACAAUUUUCUGUCGCACUUACAAAGUCUGGAUCCGUCUAUACAUGGGGAAAGGGAGAUUACCAUCGACUGGGCCAUGGAUCUGAUGACCACGUGAGAAGGCCACGGCAGGUCCAGGGACUGCAGGGGAAGAAGGUCAUUGCUAUCGCAACUGGAUCUCUGCACUGUGUUUGUUGCACAGAAGAUGGGGAAGUUUAUACUUGGGGUGACAAUGAUGAAGGACAGCUAGGAGAUGGAACCACGAAUGCAAUCCAGAGACCUCGACUAGUUGCAGCACUUCAGGGGAAGAAGAUCAAUAGAGUGGCAUGUGGAUCAGCUCACACACUGGCUUGGUCCACCAGUAAACCUGCAAAUGCUGGCAAGCUUCCUGCUCAGGUCCCUAUGGAAUAUAACCACCUGCAAGAGAUUCCAAUAAUUGCAUUAAGGAACAGACUGUUAUUACUGCAUCAUAUUUCAGAGUUGUUUUGCCCCUGUAUCCCUAUGUUUGACUUAGAAGGACAUCUUGAUGAGACUGGUCAGGGACCAUCAGUGGGAUUCGACACUCUGCGUGGAAUAUUGAUUUCACAGGGCAAGGAAGCCGCUUUUCGCAAAGUUGUGCAGGCUACAAUGGUGAGAGAUCGCCAACAUGGACCAGUGGUGGAGCUAAACAGAAUACAGGUAAAACGCUCUAGAAGUAAAGGUGGCUUAGCAGGACCAGAUGGUACGAAAUCCGUCUUUGGACAAAUGUGUGCAAAAAUGAGCUCCUUCAGCCCUGAUAGCCUCCUUUUGCCUCACCGUGUUUGGAAAGUCAAAUUUGUUGGUGAAUCUGUUGAUGACUGUGGGGGAGGCUACAGUGAGUCGAUAGCAGAGAUGUGUGAAGAACUUCAGAAUGGGUUAACGCCAUUACUGAUUGUAACACCUAAUGGAAGGGAUGAAUCUGGAGCAAAUCGAGAUUGCUUCCUUCUGAAUCCAACCGCAAAAUCACAGCUUCACAUGAAUAUGUUUCGCUUCCUUGGUGUGCUAUUGGGCAUCGCUAUUCGAACAGGCAGUCCUUUAAGCCUUAACCUAGCUGAACCAGUAUGGAAACAACUAGCUGGAAUGAACCUGACAAUUGCCGACCUUAGUGAGGUGGACAAAGAUUUUAUCCCAGGCCUUAUGUACAUCCGUGAUAAUGAAGCCACAUCAGAAGAAUUUGAGGCUAUGAGCCUUCCCUUCACAGUGCCAAGUGCAAGCGGCCAGGACAUUCAGCUCAGCUCAAAGUACACCCACAUCACUUUAGAGAACCGUGCAGAAUAUGUGAGAUUAGCAAUAAACUACAGACUCCAUGAAUUUGAUGAACAAGUUGCUGCAGUUCGAGAGGGUAUGGCUCGUGUAGUUCCUGUACCCCUGCUUUCACUAUUCACCGGAUAUGAACUCGAAACAAUGGUAUGUGGAAGCCCAGAUAUCCCUCUUCAUCUUCUUAAAUCUGUAGCAACAUAUAAAGGAAUUGAGCCGACUGCAGCUCUAAUUCAGUGGUUUUGGGAGGUAAUGGAGUCCUUCUCAAAUACAGAGAGAUCCCUUUUCCUGAGAUUUGUGUGGGGUAGAACCAGACUUCCUCGAACAAUUGCAGAUUUCAGAGGGAGGGACUUUGUUGUUCAGGUUCUGGAUAAAUACAACCCACCUGAUCACUUUCUUCCAGAGUCCUAUACCUGUUUCUUCUUGCUUAAGUUGCCCAGAUAUUCCUGUAAACAAGUACUUGAGGAGAAGCUCAAGUAUGCUAUUCAUUUUUGCAAAUCAAUUGACACAGAUGACUAUGCACGGAUUGCACUGACAGGGGAACCAGCUGCCGAUGACAGUAGUGAGGACUCAGAAAAUGAAGAUGCAGACUCGUUUGCCUCUGACUCAACACAAGAUUAUCUUACAGGACACUAAAGAUGAACUUUAACAUGUUACCUCUCUGUAACUACUGUUUCAAAGGCAAAUAUGACUGAAGGAUAGAUCACACUUAAUGUGAUUCUUGCAUUUUUGUGAGAUAUUUAUUAAUUGCAAUAUUAUUGCUGUUGGAUGUAUUAUAUUCUAAUUAGACAGUGCCACGAUGCUGAGUUGUAGGCUUACUUCAGAGAAAGCUGUAGUCUCUCCUCAAGCUGCAGUUAGAAUACUUAUUUACCAAGCUGUUGUAAAUGUUACUGUAAGCCAUGCAUCCAAAGUUAAAGCAGUGUACUUUCACAAAAUGGGUGCAGUAGGAAAAAAUAUUUAUAUAUUUUUGACAAGUACUGUGUUCUGUGCAUUUGGGUUGUAUAUUUGAAUUAAUGCGCAAUAACUGAAUAAUGGCAUAUUUCAGUUAACUUUCUUAGCAGUGGUUGUUUAAGAAGCAAUUUCAACUCUGAGGUCAUCAGUAUUCCUGUCAGAAACACCUCUGUUGUGGAUAGCAGCCUGGUUGUUUUCUUCCUGUGGAAUUUUUACCUUUUCAUUUUAUGUGGAAAAUGCAUCUUGGUUUAUGGACAUUUUUUAAUACUAAGUGUAUAUAAUUUAUUUGUGCCAUGUACACACAAGUUGCAUCACCAUGUGAAUAAACAAUAAGCUAUAAUGUA